CCUGGGAGGCCAGAGCUCUCUGUUCUCAGCCUUCGGUUUUGAGACCAGGUCUCUCACUGACCCCGAUGUUUGCCGAUGAGGAAACUCUGGCCGGUUGACACACACGCUCCAGGAAUCCACUUGUCUUUGCCCAGCCCCUGCCCACCUGCUGGCUGCCAUGCUCUGACAGGACCUGGGAAUUGAGCUUGGGCCUUCACACCAAAAGGGUGAAGGUCUGAGAGAGAACUUGACAAAGAAGUCACCGUGAAGGAGAGGGAGAGUGGCUGGGAGCACACACAGAAGGUGUGUGUUCUAGAAGUCAAGAGGAAACUAAUGUGCCCGAUGCCCGGUGCCCGGUGCCCUGUGGGUGGAGUGGGGUAAGAUGGAAAUCCUGACCCAGCUGGGAUAUGAAGGCAGCCAAGGGAACAUGUGCCGUUCUGGAACCAGGAGGAUUUUCCCAGAAGAGACACCCAGUGCGUCCUGUCUUCCGGAGCUUCUUUUGUGUCUAUCCCGCAGAGAGCCUGGUGGGCAUGGACACCUUCUUCCAUACCUUAGCGUGACCUCCCCAACACAGAACUACUGAGGCCAUCUCAGGGGCGCCCGUGUCAGGAGAGGAGGGCGGCGUGCCCGGGGCUGAGCCAUGCCUUUCGGCCUGAAGCUCCGCAGGACUCGGCGCUACAACGUCCUGAGCAAGAACUGCUUUGUUACCCGGAUCCGCCUGCUGGACAGCAACGUCAUCGAGUGCACGCUGUCGGUGGAAAGCACCGGGCAAGAGUGCCUCGAGGCAGUGGCCCAGAGGCUGGAGCUGAGGGAGACGCACUUCUUCGGCCUUUGGUUUCUCAGCAAGAGCCAGCAGGCGAGAUGGGUGGAGCUGGAGAAGCCACUGAAGAAACAUCUGGACAAGUUUGCUAAUGAGCCUCUGCUUUUCUUCGGAGUCAUGUUCUACGUGCCAAAUGUGUCGCGGCUUCAGCAGGAGGCCACGAGAUAUCAGUAUUACUUGCAAGUCAAAAAGGACGUGCUUGAAGGACGGUUGCGGUGCUCCCUGGAACAAGUGAUCCGGCUAGCUGGCUUGGCUGUGCAAGCUGACUUCGGAGACUAUAACCAAUUUGAUUCCCAAGAAUUCCUCCGAGAGUAUGUGCUCUUUCCUAUGGAUCUGGCCAUGGAGGAGGCUGCUCUGGAGGAACUCACCCAGAAGGUGGCCCAGGAGCACAAAGCCCAUAGCGGGAUCCUGCCAGCAGAAGCUGAGCUGAUGUAUAUCAGCGAAGCCGAGCGUUUGGAUGGAUUUGGACAGGAGGUCUUCCCAGUGAAGGACAGUCACGGCAACAGCAUGCACCUCGGCAUUUUCUUUAUGGGAAUUUUUGUGAGGAACAGGAUCGGAAGACAGGCAGUAAUAUACAGGUGGAAUGACAUUGGGAGUGUUACCCAUAGCAAAGCGGCCAUCCUGCUGGAGCUGAUUGACAAGGAGGAGACCGCGCUCUUCCACACAGAUGAUAUUGAAAAUGCCAAGUACAUUUCUCGGUUAUUUACUACACGGCACAAAUUUUACAAACAGAACAAGAUCUGCACCGAACAGUCAAACUCUCCACCCCCGAUCAGACGCCAGCCCACCUGGAGCCGGUCCUCACUGCCAAGGCAGCAGCCGUAUAUCCUGCCUCCCAUGCAUGUGCAGUGCAGCGAGCACUACUCGGAGACCCAUACUUCCCAAGACAGCAUUUUCCCCGGGAACGAAGAAGCCUUGUACUGCCGUUCUCACAACAGCCUGGACCUUAAUUACCUGAAUGGCACAGUCACCAAUGGCAGCGUGUGCAGUGUUCACAGCGUCAACUCCCUCAGCUGCUCCCAGAGCUUCAUCCAGGCGUCUCCGGUGUCCUCCAACCUCAGCAUCCCCGGAAGUGACAUCAUGAGGGCCGAUUACAUCCCCAGCCACCGCCACAGCACCAUUAUCGUGCCGUCGUAUAGGCCAACCCCAGAUUACGAGACGGUCAUGAGGCAGAUGAAGAGGGGGCUGCUGCACGCGGACAGCCAGAGCCGGUCUCUGCGUAACCUCAACAUCAUCAACACCCACGCCUAUAACCAGCCCGAGGAACUGGUGUACAGCCAGCCGGAGAUGCGGGAGAGGCACCCCUACACAGUCCCAUACGCACCUCAGGGGUGCUACGGUCACAAACUUGUCGGUCCAUCUGACCAGAUGAGCCCCCAAAACUGUGUGAUGCCUAGUCAGCCAGGGGCCAGCUCCAUCUCACACACCGUGAGCACUCCAGAACUGGCCAACAUGCAACUCCAAGGAGCACCACACUGUAGCACCGCCCACAUGCUCAGGAACCAUCUCUUCCGGCCACCACCCCCUUACCCUAGGCCCCGUCCUGCCACCAGCACCCCAGACCUCGCCAGCCACCGCCACAAGUAUGUCAGCGGCAGCAGCCCUGAUCUGGUGACUCGGAAAGUGCAGCUCUCCGUAAAGACCUUCCAGGAGGACAGCUCUCCUGUGGUCCAUCAGUCUCUGCAGGAGGUGAGCGAACCCCUCACCGCCACCAAGCACCACAGCGGCGGUGGCGGCACAGUGAACAAACGCCACAGCCUGGAAGUGAUGAAUAGCAUGGUUCGAGGCAUGGAGGCCAUGACGCUGAAGUCACUCAAUAUCCCCAUGGCGCGCCGUAACACAUUUCGGGAGCAGGGCCCUUCCGAGGAGGCGGGCGGCCAUGAAGUACACGGUCUCCCCCAGUAUCACCACAAGAAGACAUUCUCAGAUGCCACCAUGCUGGUCCACAGCAGUGAGAGUGAGGAAGAGGAGGAGACCCCGGAGGCGGCCCCUCAGAUUCCGGUGCUUCGGGAGAAAGUAGAAUACAGUGCCCAGCUGCAGGCUGCCCUGGCCCGCAUUCCCAACAGGCCCCCGCCUGAGUACCCAGGGCCAAGAAAAAGUGUCAGUAAUGGGGCAUUGAGACAGGACCAGGGGACUCCCCUUCCUGCCAUGGCCAGGGCCAGGGUGCUGAGACACGGACCAGCCAAGGCCCUCAGUGUCUCCCGGGCUGAGCAGCUGGCUGUCAAUGGUGCCUCUCUGGGUCCCUCCAUCUCUGAGCCAGACCUAACCAGCGUGAAGGAGCGGGUCAAGAAGGAACCUGUGAAGGAAAGGCCCGUGUCAGAGAUGUUCUCUCUGGAGGACAGCAUUAUAGAGAGAGAAAUGAUGAUUAGGAAUCUAGAGAAGCAGAAGAUGACGGGCCCGCAGGCACAGAAGAGACCGCUGAUGUUGGCAGCGCUGAAUGGGCUCUCGGUGGCCCGAGUGCCGGGGCGGGAAGACGGUCGCCAUGAUGCCACCCGAGUCCCCAUAGACGAGAGGCUCAGAGCCCUGAAGAAGAAGCUAGAAGACGGAAUGGUGUUCACAGAGUACGAGCAGAUCCCAAACAAAAAGGCCAAUGGCAUCUUCAGCACCGCCACUCUGCCUGAGAACGCGGAGCGCAGCCGGAUCCGAGAAGUCGUCCCUUACGAGGAGAAUCGAGUGGAGCUCAUCCCGACCAAAGAGAACAACACCGGCUACAUCAACGCCUCCCACAUCAGGGUGGUGGUCGGCGGAUGGGAAUGGCACUACAUCGCCACCCAGGGGCCCUUGCCACAUACGUGCCAUGACUUCUGGCAGAUGGUAUGGGAGCAGGGCGUGAAUGUGAUUGCCAUGGUCACUGCAGAGGAGGAGGGCGGACGGACCAAAAGCCACCGAUAUUGGCCCAAACUGGGGUCGAAGCACAGCUCGGCCACCUAUGGCAAGUUCAAGGUCACCACAAAGUUCCGGACAGAUUCCGGUUGCUACGCAACCACAGGGCUAAAGGUGAAGCAUCUGCUGUCCGGGCAGGAGCGGACCGUGUGGCACUUGCAGUACACCGACUGGCCCCACCACGGCUGCCCAGAAGACGUCCAAGGGUUUUUGUCCUACUUGGAGGAAAUCCAGUCAGUCAGACGCCACACCAACAGCGUGCUGGAAGGCAUCAUGACCAGGCACCCCCCCAUCGUGGUUCACUGCAGUGCAGGGGUGGGAAGGACCGGCGUGGUGAUUCUCUCCGAGCUCAUGAUCUACUGCCUAGAGCAUAAUGAAAAGGUGGAAGUUCCCACGAUGCUGCGGUUCCUCAGGGAGCAGAGGAUGUUCAUGAUCCAGACCAUCGCGCAGUACAAGUUCGUCUACCAAGUCCUCGUCCAGUUCCUGCAGAAUUCCAGGCUCAUUUGAUCUCCUCCAGGAUGCAGCUUCUGGAGGAGGGUCCCAGCCCUGUCCCGCAGGGGGCGCCACUUCUAGACAACAUCUGCCUCCCCAGCUGGAGGUGGAUCGCUGGCAGCAGGCAAGAGCCAGAGUUACUUACAAACAUCAUGUAUUAUUUUAUAUGAGAUAAUUUAUUUUUCCCCUCUUUGGAAUAAGUCCUGUGAGUUAUUAUAAUGCAUUUUUUUCACGAUAACAUAGUGCUUCUCAUUUCACAUGUUGACUGAUCUGCAGUGUAAGCCUCUGGGAGGGAAAGUGGUGGCCCCAUGGGACAUUUUAGACACAGGCAUAAAGGGUAAGCAUCUCUAGUGGAGUUACAGACAAAUUAAUAAUGCCCCGAGUCAAACGUGGCAAGAGAAAGAAUCUAUCCUCAGCUGGAAGGGAGAGAGCUAAGGCCCUUGGAUGUGUCCCCUCACACACCGGGCUCCUGCACCUUGCUGGGUCCCCUCACACCGGGCUCCUGCACCUUGCUGGGGGCUGCCUUUCUCUCCUUUACUUCUGCCCUCACCGUCAGUGAUCUUUCUCCCUAAGCCGAGGUGCAAGGUGGCACUGGUUGGAGAGCACAGUGCUUCUGAGUGUGGUGAUGCUGUCUUUGGUAAAUGGGGGUGCUGCUGUCUUUUCUCUCACCCCUUGUUCUGGUUCAGAAGUCUGAUACAGUGAUGGGCGGCAGGCUGGGUAUCUGCUGCUUUGUCUUGCAUGCUCACCACACUGUAGUCUGGGAGCCCUGGGCCAGGCCGUCUGCACAGCUCAGCGCUUUGCCUGAUUCUGAGAAGGUAACACACCUGGUGGGAAUGGAGUUGUGUGUGGCCUUGGUGUGGCUUCUUAUCUACACAGUGUUGAGUGUGCUGGAUGGUGACUUGGAAGAUGAAGUUUAGGUACGUUCCCUCUUCCUACCCUAAGUUGUUAGAAGUUGUUAGACGGUUCCUAAGUUGUUACUCACUCCUGGGAGCUGUCUGGCACUUAGUAGGGCCCUGCCCAGGAGGCACACACCUGGGUCCAACUCAGGCUGUAGCUGAUGAGCUCGGAGUUGGUUCCUCUUAGGGCUUCCUUGUCCUGAGGCAGGGUUCCUGGGUGAUCUUGAUUUGCUGUGGAGAGGAUGGCUCCUAAUCUCCUUGUCUCCCCCUCCCAGGUGCCGGGAUUUCAGGUGUGUCUCACCACACAUGGGCCACCCUUGCCCCUUGUAAUGACUGCUGAGACUGUCUCUUACAAAACCCUCCACCACUCCCCUUCCCUGUGUAGCCUGGUCUGGUCAGUCAUGGCAUCCACCACGUUCUAUGUGAAACCCAGUUUCCUGCCUAUGUCUAAUUUUUCUCAGAGUUUAAUUUUCUAAACUGAGUUAGUGGGACUGACCAUGUCAGGUCUUCCUCCAUAGUUAAAUCUUCCCUUUUUCCUGAGCUGAAAAGACCAAACAGAAAGUGUGUGUCUUUGUGGCCUCUGUCUCCACCCACUAGUGAAUGCCUAUGACAGCAGAUUACCCACUAACUCCUCUGGAAGGUGAGCCAAACUGUCUUCCCACUGCCGGGGCGGUGCUGGUGCUGAUCUUGAUGCGGCAGCUCUGGGUUCAGAAUCUGUAGAGGACGUGCUUCCGUCCUCCCUUCCACCAUGCAAAUUGAAUCACGGAGCCUAAGUGUGCAAGCCUUGUGGACCAGGCAUACUGUGGAAAUUCUGACAUAGGUAUUUUGGGGGAAAUGUCAGAGUGUUAAGGGUGGGAAGUCUUGUUUAACUUCCUUUAAUGGUGGUUCACCUUUCCGUGUACUGACAGUCAGUACCAGUUACGGUUUCAUUAUGUCAUGAAGAACGCUGAUCCUCGCCUGCUGUCUCUAAGCUUUAGUCGGUCAGAAUGUUUCCAUGGGCAACGAGGAGAUAUGAUUGAUGCCCUUUUGAGCUGGUCACUCAGGGGCUGUUUCUACCCCAUGUUAGCAGAACAGGAUACAGAGAAGGUGUCAGUUUGCUACCCAGCUUCCUAGCCAGCACGUGAUGAGACCCAAAGGCAAACAUUUAAGCGUUCUGCAUACGUAUUCCAUACUCAAACACCGUUGCUUCUGGUUCUUCGGCACAUUCCGAAUUCCUUUCCCAUCCCCAGUGAGUCCCUGCAGAUCUCUGGCUAAAUCAUCAUCAGGCAUUUAAAGUUGCAUCUGCACAAUAAUUGCCCAGAGAUGCUUUCUAUCUGGGAAGUGAGCCAAGGAAUAAACCUUGAAGCAAAGUGUAUUAAAUUAGUUAUCUGGUUAGGCCGUUUGGAAAGGUUUCCUGUGAUAUGUGGGGAGGAGAGCCAGAGUUGUCAGGGCCCAUCGCCACAGUCUGGAUUUGAAGGAGGGGAAAAUUAAAGCCGGAGCCAAUAAGACAUCCCACCUCACAGCAGAGCAGUGGAUGGUUCGCCACCCCGAUUCUGAGGUUUUCCAGUGGUACCACCCUCUUUUACUUAAACACUCAUCUGACUAUGUCCACCAUUGUCCUGGUUUGGGGGGUCUCUGUACCCUGGCUGCUUAAUGUGGCGUCUUCAUUCCUGAGAUUGUGAGUUGCGUUACAGGUGAAGCUGCAGUGUGUCUGGCUGAGCUGCAGUGGGUUUUAGGGGGCUCUGCGGUAACCUCAGGUGGAAUCCCGCGGAGCUGCACAUCCUCAGAUGCUCCUUCAGUAAGAAGUGGAGGAGAAAGCAGCGUCAGGCAUGUCAGCCGCUUUAUUGAGGUGAAGACAAGCGGGUUCCUCUGCACACUUGGAGGUGGGCCGUGGAUGCUAGGGAGGCUGAGGGCGUCUCGCGUGGGCCACAGCGUGUAAUAAGCAUUGGUUUAAUGCACUUACUUUGGGAGACUUUUACUGCUAUGAGUAAGGGAUUAUUCAUGGUUAGAAGCAAGCUGUCAUCCCAUCCCCCCAACACCCACCCCAGCCUUGGGCUGUCUCAGCCACCUCCACUUCAGGACAUGAUCCUUAUGGGACACAACCCUCCACUUCUAAGCAAGCCAUACCCCACCCUCUCUCAACUUCUGCUUUCAGUAACGACCUCCUGUCAGUCAGCAUUUUCCUAUCUUUUCUAGUUUAACGUAGAUUGACCAGUAGUGAACUCCCAGACUGACCAAAUAUAUAAUAAUAUAUAUAUAAUAUAAUAUAUAAUAUUAUAUAUUAUAAUAUAAUAUUAUAAUAUAUAAUAAUUGUUUCUCCCCCAAUUCAGGAAGGAUGUAAUUCCAUUUGUCUUUUUUACAACUAAGCCAGCGGGCACAGAACUGGUUCUUUGUGGCCCUGCUACCUAGCUGUGCUAGCCUUGCAUCUGGCCAGCCUGGGAGGUGCCCCCAAAUGCUGACAGGCUGGGUUGACCACCGUGUUGCUGUGUUGUCUUCUGUCACUUCCUUGAAGCCCAAGGCAGACAAUUAUCGUCAGCGAGUCGCCAGUCACUAAGUGCCCUGUGCCUUCUGGGCCCUCCCACUUCUAGUGGCAUGUCUGAUGGAGAGAGAAAAUUUAGUUAAUUGAUUACUGUUUGGAGAAGAUGUGCCAGUUACUUGAGGUGGAGAAGAGGGCAAGAGUACCGGGACAUUCUAGAAUAAACUCUAGGAACACGAUUAGCUCUGACCCCUGUUCGUAAUAAUUUAGUCAUCUCUUCUUGGUAUUAGGAAUGAGCUGUCCAUGGUGUGCCUGGUCUGACUCUCAGCUUCUGCAUUUACCAAAGAUUCUGCCGUUGCUGCAUCUUGUGGGCAUUCUAGCCAGGCGGCCACCAAGUUCUCAUUCAGUCUCUCUCUCCAUGAGUGGUAGCCCGGCUCCCUCAGCUUCUGGCAGAGAGCUUUGGGUUUUCUGUGGGGACGGCACAUUCCCUGGUGGCCUACAACACAAUGAGUGACGGACACGUUGUCUCUGGAGGGUGGAGUCGGUCACAGUUAGCCCCGGAGGGUUAUUGCAGUCUGAGCGUAGAAGUAGAAUCGUGCUAGCCUUCUUGCUUCCGGGUCCUUCAGUGGCAAAUCACCUUUCCGGGGACAUCUGCUGAAUGUAGUAUCCGCAUGUCUGGGGAAAUCUGAGGGUGUGCUCAGCACAUGCUGCCAACACGGCUUAUCCGGAUGUCAGCUAUUCUAGGGGAGCUGGGACGCUGGUCCGGCCGGCAGCUUGUCCACAUUCACGCUUUCUUUCCUGUUCUCCGCUUUGGCAUUUCCAUUGUAACUUUAGGGGAAGUGAGUGUUUUCACCUGGUGUGUUCAGUCCUCUGUAACCUUUGCCGUUUGAUAUAGUACGUCACCUUUCUCAGACUCUCACUGACGUGCUCCCGUUAACCUGUUCGUGACCGGGCCCUGGGGGUCUGGCACCCUUCAAUCUCAUGGAUGGAUAACAAGCCACUGCUGUUUGAAGGUCGCUUUUUGCUGUUUGGAGCUGAGUUCAGGGCUGUUUGGAGCUGUGUUCUCACGUUAGAGAGAAAUUAAAGGACGUUUGGUUGUCUGGCGGGAGGGUCGGAGCUAAUGACAGCCUAAAUAUGGUUGGUACCUAACUGUGGUUGGUUAACUGUUGAUAGACAGUGACUCUUCAGCAGGACCAUCACUCACUAAAAAUGCUCAGAGUGUGUCCAAAGACAGUGGGGAGAGGUUAGAUCACCCCCGAAUUUCUUACCCAAAACUUUUCUGGCAUAUAAUUUUUUGAACCCUGCAGUGAUGUCAGAAUUGGAAACUAUGAUGCAACGCCCCAGGGAAGACUGUGUUCCAGCCUUGAGAUUUACUUCUCCUGGGCUCCUUACCUGCUACCUGUAUUGGGUUGUGACGCGUGGUCUUUGUGUGCCCGACACUGCAUGCUUGUGAGCAGAGUUCUGCCCAUGCGUGCUGCUCCAUUACCCCCAUGCUUAGCACUCGCACUUUCUCCUGCUUGUGAGUGCCUGUGCAAUUCACAUUUAUACAAACGCCGGCCAGGCUGUGUGGUGCCGGAGAAUGUUCUUGUGCGAGGACGAGGUGGUGCCCCUGUGUGAUGUCGCUGUCGGCAUUCCGGGUCACUUUGUCUACCCAGAAUACCCCCAGCUUUCCUUACCUGCCCGCUUGCUUUCCAGAUCAGCUCUCUGAAGCUCACUUUUGAUUUCAACCUAUCUGUCCACGAAGCUGCUAUAAAAGUUAAAUCUGGCAAAGGACCAUGAUCUUAAACCUCUCUAAAACGUCCACGGAGGAAUUCUUAAUUUAAGAAAGAAUAGUUCCAUGGCUUCGGGAGAGAUAGGAUCUGGGAAGUGAGUGUCCAAACUGCAUUGCGCAGAAGGCUUCUCCCAACCAGGCCUCUUGUCCUGAGGGGCCAACACUGUCCCUCGUACCAGAAGAAAGAAAAAAGGACAGAUAUUAGUGUGACUGGAAAUAAUGGUAGCAGCCUCCUGUUUAUUUCCAGGUGUCCCUAACAGGCUUUUGGGGUGGUGAUGGGAAGUCUACCUACUUCAGGCUUGCUGGACUGUUUGCUUGUCUCCCUGGUCACCUGGUGGGACAGAUGUCCCUCGGGGCUUCCCAGGGAGCCCUGCACAGCUAUGAUUGACAGCUAAUGCAUGGUGAGCUAUCUAUCCAGCCCCCUGCCUUGUUAUUUCUUCCCCAGCCUCUUCCUUCAGGGACACAAACUCUUUUGGGUAGAAAGCUGAGAGGAGAGAAGCUAGGCGUGUCAGGUGGGUUUUCAGUGCCUUGGGGUGGGAGCUCACACUAAACCCUCAGGAAUGCUGAGUGUAGCCAGGUGGCUGGCCCUGGGCGUUCUUGGCAUUUCUUUGGGGCUCCAAUCUCCCUCAGUGCCCUGUUGACUAAUAAAUACCUUCAGCAUUGAACUGAAAACUGUCCUUCAGAGCCAUUUUAUUUAGACUCAAAGGCUGUAAAGUUUUAUUGCAAUUUCCUUUGAAGUUCCUUGCCACUACUGGUAGUUCUAAAGAAUUGUCCACAUUCUUUUAGAUACAAGCUCACACUUCCUUAGAGAUGAUUUCCACUGUAUGCCCUCCAUUCCUCAGUGGUCAGCUUACCCAGCCGAGGGUUCCCUGGGGGAGGUUACCUCUGCAGAUGACUAUUGAAAGUGUAACCUUUUGUGGCUUGUUACAUACUAAUUGGCUACUUCGCCUCACUAGUCAGUCACUUCUUCAUUCAGUAUUUUGAUGCUUGCUUUUGGUUGUUUCUAUCAGAUGUUAUGAGUUUUGGUUUCCUUCAAAAUGAUUGACAUUUAAGAGUUUUUAUUUUGAAAUAAUACAUAGACACACCCACCCUCAGCUUAGAAACUAGCUUUCUUGAGGGUUCUUGGGUCAGCCCACAGAAGCCCUCAGAGCUCCAUCACGGCUGGAACACAGUGCUAUAACAGAUGUGGGCUGGCUUUUGUGGGCUGGCCUGGACAUAGGCUAGCACCCACUAUGUUGUAAGCUGUUAAAAAAAAGCAUUCCAGGUUGGGACUCAGCGCCCCAGUCCGUGGCAGCUGCCCGCUCCUCAGCAGGGACGGCUAUCAAACCUUUCUCCUAGCAAACUGCACCUGAGGUCUGGGGAAGGACAGAGGAGACAAGAGGACAUUCCUUCCCAAGUUACGGAUGAUCACAUUAACUGUGCUCUGGCAGACUCUCCGCCGAGUGGAUAAUAUUAAAUGCCCUAAAGAAAGCCGUGCAUGCUGUCCCACGAGCUGUUGUUGCCUGUCCGUGACAGGCCUCUUCUCGCCAGCCUCCUGCUCAGCUCUGAGGUGUGGGCUGCUGACUUUCCACAGCAUUCCCUUGCACUGAUCCCUUUCUCUACAAAGUCUUAGAUAUCAGUCCUAGAAGAUGUUGUCUCUGUCCUUGUCAUUGCUGUAAGAUGUCGCCUAUGUGCCUUUACAAAUGUGAGAUCUUUAUUCUAACCCCCCCUUUUUGGUAAAAAGAUAUAUAUUGAUUUCUACAUGCAAUAAACCUU